AUUAUUAUAUAUAUGUAUAUAAAAUUGGACUUAUGUGUUUUGGAAAUGUUAUUUUCAGGUAUUUUUCUUUCUUUUCUUUUAUGGCUGCAACGUUUGAGUUGAUUGUGGCAGGAGGAUGUGCGCAUGCGCAGUGCGGCCCAAUGAACGCGCGCCUGAGUGGCCCGUCACCCGAUGUGGAGCUUUUCUUUUCUCUUUUUUUUUUGGUCCUCCUCCUCUCUGCUCCUCAUCCUGUUUCCUGUGCACUUCCACCAUGUCCAUAGCCAAGUUCCAAGCGGAGUGGGAGGAAAUCGACGAGGAAUAUCAACAAUUGCAGGAAACGCACAAACUGUACAGGCAAAAACUGGAGGAGCUGACCAAUCUUCAGACGACCUGCAGCGGCGCCAUCGGAAAACAAAGGAAAUGUCUCAAAGACCUCGGAUGCAGCCUCAGCAAGUGCGCACGAGACUGCGAUGAAAAACAGAUGCAAGUGCUAGCGGACAUCCAAAGUCAAAUCAAAGAGAAAGAGAACGUCUUCUUUGAUAUGGAAGCAUAUUUACCAAAGAAAAACGGACUGUACCUGAACUUGGUCCUGGGCAACGUGAACGUGACGCUCCUCAGCAACCAGGCCAAGUUCGCCUACAAGGACGAGUAUGAGAAGUUCAAGCUUUACAUGACCAUCAUCCUCAUGUUCGGGGCCAUCACGUGCCUCUUCUUCCUCAACUAUCGCGUCACCGAUGAAAUCUUCAACUUUUUGCUGGUGUGGUACUAUUGCACGUUGACGAUAAGGGAAAGUAUCCUGAUGACCAACGGGUCCAGGAUUAAAGGGUGGUGGGUUUCUCACCAUUACGUGUCCACCUUUCUGUCCGGUGUCAUGCUCACCUGGCCAGAGGGGCCCAUGUAUCAGAGGUUCAGAAGUCAGUUCCUGGCUUUCUCCAUCUACCAGAGUUUUGUGCAGUUCCUCCAGUACUACUAUCAAAGUGGCUGCUUGUACAGGCUGCGGGCUUUGGGGGAGAGGAAUCAGCUGGACCUCACAGUGGAGGGAUUUCAGUCGUGGAUGUGGAGAGGCCUCACCUUCCUUUUGCCCUUCCUCUUUUUUGGCCACUUUUGGCAGCUGUAUAAUUCGGUGACCCUGUUUCGCUUGGCGAGACGCGACGACUGCAAGGAGUGGCAAGUGUUUAUGCUGGCUCUUACAUUCCUGGUCCUGUUCCUGGGUAACUUCCUGACCACGUUAAAAGUGGUCCACCAGAAGGUUCAAAACAAGCAGGACAGUGUGAAAAAAAGCGACUGAGAUGCUCUCCAUACACUUGGAUUUGUAUUUUUGAUUUUUUUUUUUUUUUUUUUUUUCCUCCGGAAAGUCAAGAAACGGCCGGACAGGCUUACCACGCAGGCGUCCGUGGAUUUUUCUCACUCUUUCUCUCAGGUGUUGACGGCAACGCUGCGAGGGUUCCAGUCGCUGCCGCUGCUGCAGGCCCUCAACAACGUCCACUUUACUGCUCCAUCCUGUACAUAAAAACGACACAAUUGACAAUUUGUUGUGCACUAAUCGAAGCUUAUGCAACGACGAGAGGGAUCCACCUUGCCUUUGGACUGCCUGACGUUUGUCACGUCCACUGUUUGUGGUUCUCGCUGUGUACCGCGGCUCUAGCGUCCACACAGUAGAUCUCUUCCUCGGGAAUACAGUGAACUCCUGCAUAUUUGCGCUUUGGCAUUCACGAACUCACCUAUUUGCUGAUUAUUUUUUUAGGAAGCUAUCCCCUGUUAUUUGCAGAAACGACCCGCUUAUUUAUUUUUGUCAAAUUUUUGUUUUCCCCCAAUUUAUUUAUUUAUUUUUUUUUUUUUUCUCUCCUUCCCCAUUUACGGUCAGGUUUGGUCCCUUGCCUGUAUUCUAUUCUCUGUUAUUUGUUGAAAAACGAUUUGCCGUUUUCUGUGCUCAGGCCGAAGCAUUAAGUGUUGCUUUGGCGCCAACUUGCGGCAUGUUGGUGCCAAGGAACUACAGCGGCACCCCGACGUACGAGUUUCAUUCGUUCCGUAACUCUGAUCAACUUUCCCUCUUGAAAUGAAUGGAAAGGCCGUGAAUCCGUUCCAGCCUCCCCCAAAAAGACCCCAAAUGUGUUUUUCAUAAGAAAAAUAGCACUGCAUCGUAUUGUACUUGACUGGCGUUCUAGUCUUAAAUGAGUCCUUCGGCUCCAGUGUAGUACAUAUCAUAGAAGUACUAUACUGGUAUUGCUUCGCCAAGUCGGCUCAAGCUGACUCGCGAGUCCAAAAUGGCUCGUUUCGUGUUCGAGUGAGUUGAGGAGCUUCAUUCAGUCAAAAGUAGUGCUUUGCUGCCAUUCUGUGGCAAUUGCGAACCUUUUACGCUAAGCUGGGGGGGGUUCACUGUACUCCAAAUGUUCCUAAAUGUUUACAUCGAACUCAUUUCCACAGACGCACUAGUGAGGAUAGUCAACUUCACAACUUUUUAUGUUCUUAGCACGACAGAUGAAUCACCUUCCAUGUGUUUUGGAGUUUUUCAAGGUUUCACCACUUGAAUGUCUGCGUUAUUAUGUCAUGUUGCACAAGUAUGAUUUUGUUCCUCCCGCUUUGGCGUCAGUACUGUAAACGUUCACGUACACGUAGAACAAGGAAAGGACGGGAUCAUUUUUCUUAACAGCGAGCAACAAAUUAAAUAUUUCUAAUAAGUCA